AUGUACGGAUCGCAGCCUCCUCCACACCAUCCUCCCGGCGCAUAUCACCAUAGUCCUGGUCCGCCGCAGCCAGAAUGGCGUCUGCCGCCGUCGUCGCAAAGUCAUCAACCAUGGCAUUCUCAAUCAUCCUCAGCCCCUCCUCCGCCGCCGCCGCCGCCGCCGCCUCCUCCCCCAACAUCCUCAACGUAUAACCCAAGUGUAUAUGGGCCGAUGCCAGGUGGGCAGCCUGCUGCUGCAACGUCUUCCCAUUCGAGUAUUCCUGGAGCGCCCGCGAAUCUAGAUACGACGACCUGGGGAGUGCGGUAUAAUCAGCACCAUCAGCGUCCUACUCCGCCGCCAUUGCCGCCUCGCCCUAGCAGUUCUACGGGCAACCAUCACCCCCCUCCACAGACGCAGUCGCCCAACGCACCGCCCUGGACGACGGCCCAGACUGACAACCUGUUGUCUCCAACAAGUCCCAGCCAGCCAUGGGGAACAGAUUCCAGCUACGGCCAGCCACCAGCACCACCACCGCCGCCACCUCCUAAGAUCCCACCAGUUUAUCAGAACGAGACGCAGCAGAGCGCCCAAGUCUGGCAGCAACCGUAUACCUCACAAUACUCAAGUCACCCUCCAACCCAUCGCUAUGAUCCUCCGCAGCAGCAGCAAACUUCCCAACCACCACCGGCUUCACAGGGCUCUGGUCACGUAGCCCAGACCACCACCAGCUUUGGUCAGCAUAAUACAGCUCCUUCUCUGGCGGAACAUCCAUUGCGGCCACCUCCCCCUCCCCCACCCCAGGGACAGCCGCCUUCAAGUGCAAUCUCUGGCCCUCCUUCAUAUGGAUCCUCGCAACCGACUGCAUCAGUGCCGGCGAAGCCAGAAUCUCCAUCUUCCGCACCAAGUGCGUCAGCCUUUGGUGGGGGGAGGCCAUCCGAUUGGGAACAUCUCUCUUCUGUGCCGGGAGAAGUCGAUGACACUGCUGCUUUUCCGUCAAAGACGCCUGAUUCACAACGACCUGGUUCUACAGCACCGGCUGGACCUCCGUCCACCCAACAGCAGUCAGCAGUCACUUCGACCGCUCCACAGCAGACUACGCAGUCUGAGUGGUCACCGUCCCCUGUUGAUAAUGCCGACACCAAGCAGCAAGAGCCCCCUCGUCGAGAUGACAGCGUCGUGUCUGCAGAGGAUUACUCUGAGACCAUCGACGGCGUCAUUCAAGCUUGGUCUCAACCCAUCUCGCCAGACACUAAGCCUCAAAAUGAAAUCAAUCAAAGCCCCGUCUCGCCGGCAGAACAGCCUCCUUCCCGCACCGAAAUGAGGGCAGAGCAGGCUUCCACACAAGGGAAAACAGCUGACGAACCCCAACCGGCAUCACCGAUCAAAAAAGAAUCAGGGACUGAGUCUAGUACCUACCCUGCGCAAACAACCACUGCAACCACAGGACAUACCGAUCCCAAGCAAGAGACAGCUCCCUUGCAAGUAAAAGUUGUCGAUCCAUAUGAAGAUCUCGACCCGUGGUUCAAGUCUUCUUUGGUCCGUUACGCUACGAUGCUUCGGAAGGAGGCUGUCGCUGAAUCGGACGAAGAACGAUACAAAAUAUUUACAAGGUUUAUGGAGAAAGAAACGAAGCUUCGUGAAGUUUUAUAUAAUAUUGAUCCUCGAGCUAAAGAUAACGCUCCAUCUGGGACGAUUGAACCUCCUCCCCGUUCCAAGUCUGUGGGUGCCUCGCCCACGGUCGAGUCCGGCCUGAUACCAGUGGAGUCUGAGAAGCGCCCUGAACUUGCCACGCUUGAGACCAUCCCAUCACAAACAGUUGACGAGUCUGAAGGGAUCGCUUACAGCCCUGGCGGAAGGCCGAUACUGUCUGGUCAGGCAACGACAGCAAGCUCUGCAAACCGGCAGGGCCUUCACCGGUCUGCUACUAAUCCCACUGGCCGUUCUCAAAGCGCGGGCUUGCCCUUGUCUGGGAACCAACAAGCUGGCCUUCAUGGCGUUUCCCCGUUUUCUAGCUCAGAUGCCGCCCGGCGGUCGACGUCAGUCCCACCUCCUUCGACGAGCAGGCCGUCGGCAACACAGCCCAUGCCUCCUCUGGUAUCUCAGCCUCCACAGCCAGCUUACGUUCCUUUUCGGUAUUCAGAAGGGCCCCAGCGAGGAUCCGACAAUCUGAUUAUCGAUCGACCAGCUUAUCAAGCUUAUUCAGCUCUACGACAGGCAUCUGCGGAAAGUGGUCGAGCAAUGUCCUCCAUUCCCGCAUCCCAGGCUCGGCCCAGAGCAGGAACUUUUGGUACUUCUCCGGUGCGAGCCGAACACGACGAGACGUUCCUUGGCGUCAUCCGGGAGAAAGGCGUGUCGUACCGCGGGCAACGGGCCGAAGUUGGAUCUGGCGGCGUCAUCGAAGAAUUGGGUGCUUUGAUUCCAGUUCCCUUCCCGGAGCGGAAAGAGAGUCCUGAAACUGCUGCUAUCAGGAAGGAGAUGGAGAAGUUCUCUGAUGAUUUCCGUUACAUUCAAGAGACAGUCGACAACUGGGAACAAGCUGCAAAGGAGCGACGUGCCAAGCUGGACAAGGAACGCGCUGCACGCCAGGAAGAAUCAGAGAAGCAUAUCGAUGCGCUUUUCAAUGACAAGGAAAUCGGUUACGCGGAUAUCAACCAGCUAGAGGACGAAUUCCGGCAGACUGAAGCCCGGACUCAACUUGACGAAGAGAGGGAAGAGCUCAAAAGCUUCAUUCGGAAAGUAUUCAACCCGCUCGAUACACGGCUGAAAGAGGAGAUUGUCGAGUUGAAAGCCUUGUACCAGAGGGCGCUUGACGAACUAUACGCUGAAAGCAAAAAGAUCGGCGAGAAGGGUGCGGCAAGGUACCAGCUGUCCCAUGCCAUGAAGACAGUCAAUGAUCUUUCAUCCAAGUUGGAGACCCGCUUCCAGAAGCGGUUGGAUAUUGCCUUGGACCGGGAACGACGGCGAAAGAAGGCCGAGAGACGGCCACUCGUUUUCCUCGGCGACUCUCCUGCUUUGAAGAAGUUAGACGGCGAUUUUGACCGGAUGGAGAAACGGAACAUCGUGGAAGCGGCCAAGGACCGAGAUGAGCGGGCGAACAAACUGAUGGAUGCGUUCGAUGAGGCGAUCAUGUAUGGACUAGGUGACCACCAGAGACUUCUCGACGAUAUCGCAGCGAAGACGAAGAAGCUGGACGCAGGAAUGAUCGAGAACAGUGAUCUUUCCGAAUCUGACGUAGAGCUGCUGCUGAGAUCGGUGUCUGCGCUUGUCAAGCUUCUUCGGGAGGAUUCCGAGUCGAUGCUUGAGAGUUUUGGAACGGCGGAUUCGGAGCUGAACGAUGCGGACUACAGCGUUUCGGUCGCAGAAGCUCGGUAUUCGAACGCGAGUGCUGAUGUGUUUCGACGACUUGACGAGGAGAAGAGCAAAGAGGACGCCAAGAUCCGGCAAGAUCUGGACUCCAAGCUGGAAAGCGUGAAGAAGGAACCAUCCGAGAUUGCGGCCAAGAUUGAUUCUCUCUUGGAGUCGAUGGGCAAGGAGCCGGGUCCGGGAUCGGGUCCAUGGAGGCGACCAGCUGCAAUUGCUCCAUCACCUGCUGUUUCUGAACCAGCCCCUGCAGCGCAUCCGGGCGAGGUCCUGAUGCCGGGACCACGUCCUGCCUCUGUGCACCUGGUGCCGGAUGAAGAUCUGGAGCAGAAAGAGCGUCUCCGAAAGGCGCUCGAAGACGCGAAGAGGCGGAAUGCGGCGAAGAACUUUACUACUUAA